AUGGCAACCUAUCAGACAGUCAAGACCCAAUACGUCGCCAUCGAUGGCAACCGCGUUGCCUAUCGGCGCCUCGGGACGAAAGGCACAUUCCCGCUGCUCUACAUCAACCACCUUCGCGGCUCUAUGGACACGAUCGACCCGCUCUUCAUGAACUCGAUCGCACGGAACAGAGAAGUGAUCGUCUACGACAGCUUUGGCAUUGGCCACAGCGAGGGUACCGUGCCCCCGUCAACCGAUACCAUGGCCUCGAUUGCCGCCAAGCUGCUCUCGGCCCUCGGCGUCAGCAAGGCGGACGUGAUCGGGUUCUCGAUGGGAGGCGGCGUGGCCCAGACACUGGCAUGGGACUAUCCUCAACUCGUCAACAAGUUGGUCCUCGCUGGCACCCAACCGGGCGUCGGAGAAGGCGUGGUUCUGCCACCGCGAGAGGUGCUGGAAAGCGCCGGCGCAAUCAACGACGAGCCGCCCACAAGGGAGGAAAUGUUCCACCUCUUCUUCUACCCGUCGGAAUCGAGCCUGGCGCUGGGAGACGCCUGGUGGAAACGCAUCCACGAGCGCAAGGUUGAAGGCGAGGAGCGCAAGGGGUAUCUGGUGGGCACGGGGGCACAGGCUCAGCUGAACGCCAUCUUCUCGUUCACCGUCGACACGAACAACUUUGAGCGGCUGAAGGAUAUCAAGGCUCCGACUUUAGUUACGAACGGUCACACGGACAUCAUGUCGCCCACCUCCAACAGCUUCACUCUACAGCAAAACCUGCGCGAUGCUCAGCUUAUCAUCUACCCAGACGCCGGCCAUGGACAUCUGUUCCAAGUUCCGGAACUGUAUGCCAAGCACCUCGAGCUGUUCCUUAGCGGCACUAGGUAG